GCCACGUGAAUAGCGGCACCGGGGACGCGAAGGAACCAGGUCAAAACUAAGGAAAGCGCGUGGACACGCGGAGUGGACUAUCAGAGGUGUCUUCCCCAUCCCCUGCGCUAGACGACCUACUGCUCCGCGGGGAAUACAGUCAACAGAGGCUGGACCGCUCUUUAUGCCCUAACAGUCUCCGGAUUCAAUUUUUAUCUUUUGCACACUGCGUGUGUUUUCCUCGUGUCCUUUUUGGGAUAUACUACACAGUGGUCUUUCCUCCUUGAAGAGGCUGCUUAUAAGUGCCUUAUCGCUUGGCAGUGGCCCUCCAUAGGACCUGUUCCGGCUUUAGAUCCACGCAGGAUUACAGUCCCGUAUCGCCAGCUGCAGCCAUGAGUCAGGCGGACGUUUCCACAUGCUCCGCACCACAGCGUGUUUUUCAGGAGGCGGUGAAGAAGGGCAACACCAAGGAGCUGCAUUCAUUGCUUCAAAACAUGACAAACUGCGAGUUCAAUGUGAACUCGUUCGGGCCCGAGGGCCAGACGGCCCUGCAUCAAUCCGUUAUCGAUGGCAACUUGGAGCUGGUCAAAUUGCUUGUCAAAUUCGGGGCGGACAUCCGGCUGGCCAACAGGGAAGGAUGGAGCGCCUUACACAUCGCCGCAUUCGGGGGUCACCAGGACAUUGUACUAUACCUCAUCACCAAGGCCAAGUACUCGUCUGGCGCCCGGUGAUCUGCUGUCAGGUAAUCAACUAGCAAAAGCAACAAGCAACAGUAGACCACAAACUGCAAGCGGGAUGCAGAAACUGUCUUUACUUCACAGUUGUGCCAAAUGAUCAGAGUAAACACACAGGGCUGCGCAGUUGUCCCUCACUGUAAACCAAACGGGGUCCUGCACACUCCUGGGCCAAACGCACAGCCAGCAGCGUGUUUGGUACUAAAGCUUUCCUCCUGAAUGUCUCCCACAUCGCGUCGUUCACUCUACAGGCUGCUGCUGCUGUGCGACUGGCCGAAGAGCCUCGCAAAUGUCCCAGUUUCUCUCUCCAUCCUCAGUACAGUUGAAUAGUAUCUUUGUGGGGACGCGGGUCUGACCUAUGGCUCCUCAUUGUUAAAACUUCCUAAGUUAUUUUAAAGAAACACGCACUUGAUGUUAAAGCUGUAUGCUGGAAUAUCUGCAAGGGUUGACAUGGAGAAGAGGCAGUGUCUCCGUGGGCAGCCAGGUGUCUGCUUAUCUGAACAACUUUUACUCCAACAUGUGAUCACUUUCAGACGUGUAAUCAUGAACAAUUGACUGUGGUGAAGUACUGUACACAAUAGCUUUACUUUGUGCAUGUUUUAAAGAGACAGUACUGCUGGCGUCCCAUCUUUUCAGGCCAGUGUCAGUGUGACCCUUUUUGCCAAUGGUCAAUGUGUUACUAAAAACAGCUGCUUUCGCUUUGUAUCAUUUGGAAAUUCACUUUAUAAUCUCCUUUCAGUAUUUUAUUAACAUCCUAGUCAUCACUGUGAAAGCAGGCUGGGUUCUUUUAUUUAUGAAGGUACAUUGAGAAGACUUUUUUUGUAAUAUGUCAUGGUUCAUCUGUAAAAAAGUGAAUCUUGGGUGACUCAAGCUGCUGCAGCCUUGUAGUAUAACUGUCCCGUGUGGAGACUCCAUUUAAAGCGCCCCAUACCAACAUAUAGGUUACUCUAUUGCUGAUUCUUAACAAGUGUUUUCUUUUUUUCUCCUUUCCCACUUUUGUUUUGGUUGCCUGUUGCCAGCUACCUCGACUAUAUAGUGUUCCCUUCAUGUCUGUCAUCACUGCUUUCCAUGCAAGGAAUCACAUAAUUGCGCUUUUUAAAUGGAUUUUCUGCUGUCUUCACCCGGAACAGUUUUUUAACACUACAUCCAAACAAAUUCUCAACAUUUCAUAAGCAUACACUGCCAUUCCCAAUGUGCUACCUGUCCUCCAAGAUAUUUUUCAGUAAGACAAAAAGUGGAAUUGUAUCUUUGAAAUGCAGGGAGUUUUAUUGCACACAAAAUGAAGCCCCUGGUGUUGGCCUGGGGUGCUGCAGGCCUUUGGAAUAGUUACGACUACUGAGCAGGACCCUCAUACUGUUGGACUAUGAAGACAAAACAAGAAUCCCACUCAUGACUGUGGCGCGACUUCACUUUGGAAUUUGGUAAACUUGCCUGCUGCAUUUGCUGAAAAGUCAUGACACCCUAACAUUUGUAUCAAUGCUGCUUGUAUGUUUGAUUUUUUUGUUUUGUUUUAAUGUUAUAUUUUAAGCCUACUGCUCAAAAUGGCCAACAGUUUUAUAAAGGCUUCACGGUUGCACAGGUUCACCUCAUGAGAAGUGUGUGGUUUGUUUUGUGAAAUACGUUACAGUGUGUGUGACUGAAUGUGUGAGUGUGGUGAAGCCCUGAGCAGCUGUGGCUCUAGCAGUCAUUCUGACUGACUUUUGAAAAACCUGGAGAGGUAACAAGUGAAGUGAGAUCCACAACAUGGUCGAGAUUGGUAUCAAGCAACAAACAUGAAAUAUGCAUCACUUGUCUUAAACUUGAUGUUUUUUCUUUUUGUUUGAAUAUUGCACUGAUGACUGUUGUUGAAAAGUUGGCUUUUAUGUGUCAACAUUUUUUAUUUUUUCUGAAUAGAAAAAAAACAAACACAACAAGAUACUAUUGUAUGAAUAUAUGCUCCAGGUGAUGUUGUCCUAAUGUCUGUGUUACUUUGUGGAAAAACAUGGUGUUUUUUAACAAAGAUGUGUGUAUUGGGUGUAUGUAUAUAUACAUAUGGAUAUAUAUAUCGCUGAUGAUGAUAUCUUUGGGCACUUUCUUUUUUGAAGUGCUGUCUUCCUAUUAUUGUUGAAAGGGGAAUAAUACAUUUGAUGGUAAGAUCAUUGAUUAAAAAUUGCACGGUUGUGUGGUUGUUUGGCUUUUCAGGGUCAUAACAUUUAUGACGUAUGAAGAAGCCUGCCACCGGAUUGGUGUACAUGAGUGAGAUGACUUUUUUCAAAUUUUAUUUUUAUUUUUGAAUGAGAAAAAGUGUGGAGUUUUAUUUUUUUGGGACCAAAUUGUCUUUCUGGUCUUGCUUCAUUUUAAGUGAGAGGAGAUCACAACUUGAUCCUUAUUUUCUUUUUAUUUGUUUUUUUUAUCCUUUUAUUUUUGAACGUUUGUAACACUGUGAUGAUGACAUCAUGUCAUGUGGAGAUGAGUGCUGUAUUAUUUUUGUACGUUUGUGUACAAGCCAGUAAAGAAAUCAUUAAACCCAUUCUUCAGUCUA